GGAUGCUUGAAUCCCUUGCAUCUCUACUUUUUUUACGCCCAAACACCAAAUGCCCACUUUGCCCACUCCAGAGGAAGCUGGUGCCCAUGACGGCCAGACACGUCCCGCCACUCCCGCACACCAGGUCCCUCUCGAGACACCAGGAGCAGGCCCCUCGCGACUAGCUACGCCUGACCCCGGCCGCGACCUCGAACUCGACAUUGCAUUCGAGCGCGAGCUGGCUCUGGAUUCAGAGGACGAGGAGCAAGACAGAGAGAACUUCUUGCGGAAGCGGAACGAUUACCUCGAGCUCGAACAAUCUGUCAAGUCAAGUAACGAGCUGCUGCAUUCACUGGAAGAAUACCUAUCAACUUUCCAGACUGACCUCUCGGCGGUCUCUGGACAGAUUUCGGAGCUUCAGCAGAAGAGCUCGGAUAUUGAGAGCAGGCUCAACGGGCGCAAGGCAGUGAUACCCGCACUCAACGCUCUUCUUGGUGAUAUAACACUUCCGCCUUCGCUCGUCCUUACUCUUCGCGAUACACUUCCCUCCCAAAACUCUGAUAUUUGGCUUUCCGCCAUCAUACAGCUCGAUGAGAAGAUCACUGCAAUCAAAGCCCGGAGCAAGGUGCGGGCUGUGAAGGAAGUCGAACCGAUUAUAGACGGCCUCACAAUCAAAGCUCUUCAUGUCCUUCCGCCAUUUCUGCUCUCCCUUAUCAAACCUCUCAAAUCGGCAUCAAAAGGACUGUCAACAAAUAUGGGUGUGCUGCAAACGGGAGUCCUGCUGAAAUACCAACCCUUCUACGCAUUCCUCCUGAAGCACGCGCCAAGGUUGGCCAAGCAAGUUGAGAGGGGUUAUGUCAAUGCCGCCAGGGCAUUUUACGAGACCGGUUUCCGUCGGUAUGCUCGAGCUCUAGGUCAGAUCAGAGCUAGGACAGUGGAGAAGAACGAUUUGAUAGGGGUUGUAUCUAGUGAGGCCGCGGCAGCGGUUCUGAACGGAAACGGAACACAGGAAGGAAUGAAACAAGCGUAUGAGAGGUUAAAGUUUGCUGAAGUGGAUGAGGGGGCGGUCGUCCUGGCCUAUAUGGUCGACGACAAGGAGUUCCGAUUACCUAUCGAAGCAUUAUUCAGAUCACUGAGCCUUGUUCUGAUGGAUAAUGCUUCGGCAGAAUUCACCUUUAUCGUCCGCUUCUUCUCACGACCAUCCAGCCCUCCUGCGGAACCCAGAUCGUUCCUAUCCCCCGAAUCCACACCUCUCGACUCGCCCAGCCCGUCAUCUUUUGCCGAUCUGACAUCUGAAGCGGGCAGAAACCAAACGGCCAGAAAGAGGGUAGGGAUGAAUGAAUCCAACGAAUGGCUGAAAGAUGCGGAGCGUAUAUGGCACGAGGUGUUUGAUUCAGCGUUAGACUACUGCACCGGUUUCUUCCAGUCCAUGAUCGAUGUCCCUCCCCCUGCCAUACCGUUACUCACAGUCAUCCGGCUGAACGAUCAUUUGUUGGCUACGUGUGAUGCCCGAGGUACUCUCCCUCUUAUCCCGUACCUCACUGGACAAAAGCUCGCCAUGUGGCCGAUAUUCAGAAAGGAGAUGGAUCAGCACAUUGAAAGCCUGAAGAAGCUCGCCGACGAUGCGGAAGGGAAAGGACUGGCGGGGUUCAUGGGUAGAGGUGUCAAGGAUGGAGCAGUGAGACAGGUUGCAAGUCGUUAUGCGGGGCUGUUCACUUGCGUGACGGCGUUGAGUGAAGAGGCGGAUGAGGCCAUGUUGUUCUCUAGUAUGGCACGACUUCGCGCCGAGCUGGUUCGAUUGACACAUUUGCAGUCGCUCAAGAUCAAGUCUCCAGCUGAACGGCACUCGUUCCUUUCCUCCAUCUACGAGAUUGUCAUGCACGAGCUUGUCUCUGGACCGGGGCAGACAACGCAUCCGAGGUUGCAGAGCGAGCUGUCAUUUUUCCGGACUAGGGAGGAAGAAGCGAGAAGAAGAAUCAGUGAUGCUCAAUAAGAUAGACCGUUGUGCAUAUAUGCAUAAGCAAUCU